AUGGAUCCUCUCAGCUUACACCGUGCUCGGACUCGUUCGCGAAUCCUCAACCUCUUCUUCUGCGCGAGCGCGGACCGAAACGUCCCGCUUCUUCGUUACGGCCUGGCGUCUGACUUCCGCUACGACGUGGCGCCGCCCUGCUCCAACAAACCUUCACUGGACAGGGAUGGCUUCACCCGCCGCCUCAAUCGCUUCUUCGAGGCGUUUAGCACCUUCCGCCUGAUCGGAGAGACCGUCUACCAAGACCACGAUCGCGGCGUCAUCAUCGCCAUCACCCGUAUCGAAGGGACCCUGCGCCAGCCCUUCGAAGGAUCGCGUGAGUGGCGGAGUGACAGUGUCAUGGUCGUGAAGUUCAACGACAACGGCACGCGGAUCACGGCUAUACGGGAGUUUGUCGACGCCGCAAGAGUCGACAAACUAGUCUUAAAGGCUGGGGGCGACGACGGCAACCGCUACAGUGAGGACGACAGUGAGGACGACAGUGACGGCCAUAGCGACGAUGACAACGACGGCGACGACCACCACGGCACCCUCCUGGGGGGCAACCGUGGCGUCGCAAGCGGAUGGGCGGGCAAGGCAGCCUGGGCACUGGCGUACACUUUCCUGGCAGCUGGUGCCAGUGUCCUCGUGGCGGAGCGAGUCCUGAAAGCCUGGCUAGUCGCACAGAUCCGGCUUAACUUCAAGGACUUCGGGUUCUGA